AUGGACACAAGUUCAUUAAAUAAAGGUAAAAUCAUUUUUCAGCUUCUGAUAAUAAUUUUAAUUCAAUGGACAACUAUUACGUGUCAAUUGAAUUUAUACCAUACUGAUGAAGCAAUUGAAAGUAAUUCUUUACAAUAUCAUUGUUUGAAUUAUCAUGUUCAUCGUGAGAAACCAGCUUAUUCUAAAUUGUUAGAUAUGGUUGAUGAAGUCAUUCCGUACUGUUUUCGUCCAGUACACUAUUUCGAAGGAUCACCCGAAACCUCUGUUCAUCCGCUUUCUCAAAAACUAAGUUUCGAACAAUUACGUCUGGCUCAUACUACUUCAGAACAACUUCUCUCGUGGUCAAUUUCGAUUGAUGUAGCUCAGCGAUAUCAACUCUAUUUAAUUGAACCAAAUGCUGCAUUUAAUGAGGAUCUGUAUAAUUGUACUGAACCGUGGUUUGGCCCUCGAUGCCAAUAUUCGUUUCCUUUCGGCGGACGUAGAUCUUUCAACCAAAUUGUUGAAGCGGCUUUUCAUCGAAGGACAUCAUUUUCCGAGUCACCUGAAGUUAUAGUACAAAUGUCAUGCUAUGUUCUUCUCGAAUGCCAUCGUAAUGGACAGAGUUGGUGUCUUGAUUGGCGUGAAGUGUGUAACGGAAUCGUUGAUUGUUUUGAUGAAGCUGUCGAUGAAGAAUAUUGUUUCGAUAUGGAGAUAAACAAAUGUGAGAAAAAUGAAUAUCGAUGCCACAAUGGCUUAUGUAUAUCAAGUGAACUUUGGGAAGAGGGUGAAGGUGGCGCAGACUGUCUUGAUCGAUCAGACGAAGUAUUGGAUGCCUUCUAUAUAGCAUCCUGUUUCCAAGAUCCAACAUUCCGUUGUGAAGAACAUUCUUGCAGAGCACAUGAGGGUACAUUUCCUUGUGGAGAUGGCCAAUGUGUCAACAAAUUUGAUGAAUGCAAUAAUGGACGACACAGGUUACUGAUUGAGUCGAUGACAGCCAAAGGUAAUCUAACAGAUGAAUGUUGGAUUGCUAUGAUCUGCCUCACUGAACUCGUCGAGCAAAUUCAUGGAAACUCAUGUAAAAUAUGGCUGAUGAACGACACAAUUUACGAGUUCCUCAAACAAUGUAAUUCGUUUUUCCAGUUCCCGACUAUAUCAGUUCAUUCUGGUCAUAUUCGUUUCUUUUAUGAAGAGCCAUAUUUAAGACAGAAAAUGGAUGAGUUUCUUUCACCUGAUUAUUUUUGCUACAAUCAACAGCUAUGUGAAUUUAUUAAGCCUGAUUUAAUUCGUGAAAAUCUCACUUGUAUAAAUAUGUCGAAAUUAACGCUAAACCUGGAUAUUAAAACCGGACCUUGGAACGAACUAAUGUGGUCGAUCGAAGAAAUGUUCCGUCCUUGUUUGAUUUCUCAUGCGAUCUCAAGCAACAAAACAAAAACAUAUGUGGAUCAUUCGUUAUUAUAUAACUGUCGCAAUACAUCGAACUUCAUUUCGGUACAUCGCAUCAUGGAUGGUAUACAAGAUUGUUUCCAUGAUGAUGAUGAGAACUAUCGGAACAGUUGUAAACUUAACAAUCAAUACAGAGUGAAAUGCCACAACACAGAUACAUGCUGGUCCCCUGUGUGGAAACAGUACGCUUGUUCCAUGACCGGAGAAGACGAUAAAAUUCCAUUUCAACGUUUUUGUGAUGGUAUCAACGAAUCCAUUUACUACGAUAAUUCUGGACAAUAUUAUAAUGAUGAGUUCGACUGCGAAGAGUGGUUAUGUGACAAUAUAUAUGCACGCUGUGACGGCUAUUGGGCAUGUGCCGAUGGACGCGAUGAGAACAAUUGUAGUCAAACAAAAUGUCGUUCUGGAACUCACGCCUGUGUAGAUCGUCUCAAUUUUACAGUAAUCUGCUUACCUCACACACGUGUUAAUGAUGGAGAAGAUGAUUGUCUUGGCGCAUCAGACGAACAACACGAAUGUCGAAGCAUCUAUCCUCCGAGCGAAGUUCCUGAGCGCUUUCGCUGCUUCAGGGAUACAAAAUGUUUGGUACCAUCAGAAUUAUGCAACAACAAUAAUGAUUGUCCGCUUCAUGAUGAUGAAAAAUUCUGUAAAACUCAUCAGUUCAACUGUACCAACGAUUCAACAUACAAUCGCAGUGAAAUAGAAGAAGUUCUUUGUGGACUGAGUGAACAGAAAAAUCGAAGAAGACAGUAUUUUUCUGUUCAUACAUCGUCUAACUAUCCUUCGUUAGAAAAUAGUGUCGUCGAUGAAAGUUUGUAUUGGACAACAGAACGGCAUUCUAUCGAGAAUGUCAAUAUAGAUCACAGUGACGUUAAUAUAUGGCCAUGGUAUUGUAAUCGUGGACUUACUAUUUAUCUUCGAAGUGAAAAUGAUAGUUUUGAUAAUGUAUGUAUGUGUCCACCAAGUUACUAUGGCCAUUUAUGUCAAUAUCAAAAUCAACGUAUUAGCCUUACAUUGCACUUGAGCUCAGUUGAUCGACAUGCUACGUAUGCUAUUAUUAUUAUGUUAAUCGAUGAUAAUGAUGAACAACAAGAGAUUACUGCAUACGAUCAAUUUGUAUACAUCACAAAGGACAGUUGCAGUACUAAAUUCGAUCGAUAUUUAUUAUUUUCCACACGACCAAAAGACUUAUCCAAGAACUAUAGCAUACGUAUUGAUGCAUUCGAAAAAAACAGCAUAACGUAUGUUGGAAGUUGGCACUUUCCCAUUACAUUUCUCUUUUUACCUGUCAAUCGAUUAGCAAUUUCGUUGAUUUUAUCAAAUCAUAUUAUUCAAAUUUCGUCCAAUUGUUUAAUUACUUGCAACAAUGGUACUUGUGUAAAGUAUUUAAAUAAAGAAAAAUAUUUCUGUCGAUGCCACUCACAAUGGACAGGCAUUCAGUGCAAUAUCCCGAUAAGUCGUCAAAUGUGUUCAAACGAUUCAUUUUAUUUAGGAUCAGUAAACGAUGAAUUAAUAUGCGUAUGUCCAUUACAUAAGUUUGGCUCACAAUGUAUGUUCACAUCAGCAUGUCCAACUAAUAUUUGUCAAAAUAAUGGAACAUGUAUACCAGCUGAUGUAACUACUCCUGACAGCAGUUAUACAUGUGUUUGUCCUGAUCAGUUUUUUGGUGUAAAUUGUCAAUAUGCUAAGGUGAAACUCGAUGUUUCUCUAAUUGAUAUGCAUAUUCCAUCGUAUCUUGCCGCUUAUUUCUUCACACUCUCGAAUAAGUCUGAUCCAAUGCAGACAAUUAUACUCCGAAAAUUGACACUAUUUCAACACACCGCUACUUUCCACGUUUCAGUAUCAUUUCAUAUGGCAAUUAUUCAAUCAAGUGGCAAAUAUUACCUUGCUGUACUUCAACAAUCUUUACAUACAAAUAUCACAACAUCGAUUCGCCCUUCACAGGAGUGUAUUCCUGCCGAACAACUAUUGAAUUCCACAGUAAUGAAAAUGGUUCAGUAUCGACGGAUAAUAUUCUUCCAUAUUCUUUGUCACACACAUACUGAUCUUAUGUGUUUCAUUGAUCCAGCCUAUUUAUGUUUGUGCACCAGUGAUCGUCACGCUAACUGUAUGGAAUUCAAACGUGAUAGAAAUUUUCAAUGUUCAUUGACAAAAAAUUGUGCAGAUGGAGCACAAUGUGUACAAGAUCAUCCGGUUUGUCCAUCUACAAGGAUUUGCAUAUGUCCCGCCUGUUUCUUUGGCGAGGAAUGUCAAUUUUAUACCAAAGGUCUCGGCUCAACAUUAGAUGAAAUAUUGGGUUAUGAAUUAAAACGGAAUACAAUUUUAUCUAAACAACCAAUCACAGUAAAAGUGAGUGCUGCUAUUACAAUGAUAAUAUUUGCCGUAGGACUCAUCAAUUGUAUUUUAUCAAUAAUGGUAUGUCGUAGGCCAGCAUCACAAAAAGUUGGUUGUGGAAUAUAUCUUUUAGUUGCCUCAUUUAAUUCUAUAACGAUCAUGAUCUUAUUUACACUUAAAUUUUGGCUACUUUUUUUCUCGUAUCAAUUGGUUCACGAACAUCGUACUUUACAAGUCAUUCUUUUCGCAAAUUGUCGAGUUGUUGAACCUCUUUUAAAAGUAUUAUUAAACAUAGAUAAAUGGCUGAAUGCUUGUGUAUCUAUCGAACGAAUCGUUUCUGUACAUCAAGGAAUUAGUUUUAAUACGGAGAAAAGUAAAACAAUUGCCAGAUAUGCAGUGAUAGUAGUAUUUCUUAUCAACUUUGGUGUCUAUGUUCUUCCGAUAAUUAAACUUCAUGUUUUUACUGACAACAUAGAAGAACGAAGUUGGUGUGUCAUUACGUAUUCAUCAUUUAUGCAAACUUACAACUUUACUUCAAUUAUGUUUCAUUAUAUUGGUCCGUUAGCAACUAAUGUAAUAUCUGCUAUUACCAUUAUCAUAAUAACUGCUCGUCAACGUUAUCGAACAGCUGCUAAGAGUAAUCCAAGAUUUAAAGACAUCCUUAAAAUAAAAAUAAAACAAUACAAACAUCUUAUAAUUAGUCCCAUUAUUAUCAUAUUUUUAACAGUACCUCAUUUAAUUAUUUCAUUUAUUUUAAAAUGCGACAAAUCAUCUCACCUACUUUGGUUCUAUCUGCUCGGCUAUUUCCUUUCAUUUAUACCGUCCGCAUUUAUUUUCCUAAUUUUUAUUCUACCAGCGCCAGUCUAUCGAAAAGAAUUCAUGCAAAUAAUAGCAUAUAUCCGUCGACGUUUUGAUAUAAUGAAAUUAAAUGCUUCUGGAUUAUGA